AUGGGGAGCUUGAAAGGGUAUGAUAUUGAUAGUAAGGACGCUUUGUUGGAAGCUGUUAGAGUCUAUCAUAUUCAUAGUAAUGUAGAGUAUAGAAUAGAGACUUCUAAUCAAACUUCUUUAUCAUUGAAGUGUAAGAAGGGAUGUUCUUGGAAACUAAGGGCUAGGCUAAAUCCUUAUUCAACCUCAUGGUUUAUUUCAAAGUACAAUGGAAAGCAUGAGAAUUGUGUGUUGGGUAGUGACACUGUGUCAGCUGGACAUAUUCACUUGACGUCCUCUGGGUUUAUAAAUGUGAUUAGGAAUUGUGUUUCCAAAGACCCUUUGAUUAAGGUGUCUGUCGUUCGACAGAUGGUGAAAGAUCGAUUUGGGAUAGAGGUCACUUACAAGCUAGCAUGGUGUACUAAGCAACAAGCACUAUUGUCCAUUUAUGGUACAAGGGAGGAUUCAUAUUCUCUUCUUCCACGCUUUUUGAAAGCACCUAGCAUAGAGGGACUUAAGUUUUGUAAACCUCUUAUCGCCAUUGAAGGUAAACACUUGUAUGGUUACUACUGUCAUACCUUAUUGACCGCGAUUGCGCAGGAUGUUGAUAAGGGUAUCUUUCUACUUGCAUUUUCCUUGGUUGAGAAGGAAUGCAUAACUGCGUGGUCUUGGUUUAAGGCGUGUAUUCAUAAGCAUGUAACACAAAAGAUGGGAUUAUGUAUUAUCUCUGAUAGAUAUGCGGGCAUUUUAGCGACCAUGGAGGAGACGAAAUGGCAACCACCAUAUGCCCAUCAUAGGUUAUGCUUACGUCAUUUGCUUAGUAACUUUAACCGUGCUAUGGGUAAUGUUCAACUUAAGAAGUUGUUUGGCAGGACUGUUGAGCAAAGACAACACGUUAAGGUUGUUGAGGGCUUGAGGGCAAUUAGGGUUGCAAAACGAGAGGCACUUUUUUGGAUUGAUGAAGUAGGUGAUAUGUCUAUGUGGUCAUUGUGUCAUGAUGGGGAUCAUAGGGUGUAA